AUGGCCUCCCCUAGUGUUCUCACCUUUGACGCUAAGGAUCAGGCAAUUGACUUUGAGGUCUGGGUAGAUGAUCUGCAGCUUUUCUUACAGUGCGAUAGGGAACACGGUCUCUCCCUAUUUGACCUCACUUCUGGUGCCUCUCCUGCCCAUGCUGUUGAUGCUGAUACCAUGGUUUGCUCACAGUGGGCCACGCGUGAUGCUGCUGCUCGCCUUGCUGUGCGCCACCACUUACCGACCACUGAGCGUGCACACUUUAGCCAGUACAAGAGUGCUCAGACCUUGGACCACUUCCUCUCAGUGUGCCCCACAACUCUCACCGUUGACCUCCUCAAAAAGGCCCUCCUAGCGAUAGAUAAGAGCAUUGUCGCUGUAGGAGCCUCUCGUGGUGACCCUCGCACCCUCGUCUUUGAGGGGUGUUCUCCCUCCCCCCUCUUGCCCUCUGUUGCCUCUACUGCCGCGGCCGACCUCGUUGGCUUCGAGUCGGUUGAUGCUGCGUCUGCCCCGAGCGGGAGACGCCGCACCGGCAAGGGCAAGGGGGGCAAGAGCGCUGGAGGGGCUGGAGGGGGCGGUGGAGGUGGUGGUGGAGGCAAAGGAGGGAGUGGGGGUGGUGGUGGGAGUGGUGCCGGGGGUGGCGGCGGCGGCGGCAGCAGUGGAGGCGGCGGAGGCAGUGGUGGUGGCGGAGGGAGCGGAGGCGGUAGAGGGAGUGGUGGUGGCGGAGGGAGCGGAGGCGAUGGAGGGAGCGGAGGCGGCGGAGGUGGCGGAGGCGGCGGAGGCAGCGGUGGCGGCGGCGGUGGCGGAGCGGGUCGCGACUCUGCGCAGAGGAGUGGCUCAUCUGGUGGUCCGUGCGAGCAGCAGCGGAGCGGUGUGACCCUGUCCCCUCAGCAGCUUUGUGAGUGGUACACCGCGCGUAAGCGCGGUGGGGGUUUUGGUCCCUGCACUUAUGUCCUUCGUACCGGUGACCGAGCUGGUGAGCAGUGCAGAGGCCCGCACUUCACCCUUUGCUGCUUCGGUCGCCUGACGGACGCGUGGCGUCGCCUGUACCCUGAGGUGAGAGAGAUCCGUCGCUGGGGACAUCUGUCUAGGGCGGGAGUUGCCGUCUUUGAUCUUGACAAUGAUGGUAUUCUUGCUGCCAUGUAUGUUGUUGAUGAUAGUGUUGUGGGUGGCUGUUACAUGUGUGUACCGCCUGACCCCUAG